GGCAUGUGCCAGUAGUCCAUGUUUAAACCGCGCUACCUGCACUGACUUAUUGAACACGUACACUUGCACCUGUGCACCGGGCCACACAGGAACCGUUUGUGAGAUUGUUACAGAGCUAGAGCCGAUUCAAGUACUAUCUUCAGCGACAAGUCUUACGAUAAAUGCGUUUGAACGUGUCGAGAUGAUGUGUAGCUUUGAGAAUGCAAUUCGGUUUGAAUGGCAGAAGGAUAACGUAACGAUCCCUGGAACUGAAAACCAGCGUGUAUACACCAUCGCAUCUAUGACCCCUGCAUACAUCGGAUACUACCGCUGUCAAGGAGAAGGCAGGAAUCAGAAUGGUGCUAGUACCGUGGUUUUUACUGAUCAGGCUGCCGUUUACAUCACAGAGUUAUCUAACAUAAUAAUCGAGAAUGCCUGGUUUAAUAUCAACGUCAAUUCGUCCGGGGAUUUGUCCGACAUAACAUCUCAAUAUUACCAGGAUGCUGCGGAAAUGGUCACAAAUUACGUUCAGAAGGGCAUGGUGGAGAAGGGCAAUUUUGAGGAAAAGUCUUUGUACGUGGUACCCUCCAACCUUCGCGAGGGAAGCAUCAUUGCUAACCUGAAUAUGUACGUCGUAGACAAUGAGACGUCUUCUGUCCAGAUUCAACAAAGUGUCGAAGAAUCCUUCUUCGCCUUGUCGUCCCGGCCAGACGGAAUACUUGAUGCAUCGAGCGUCACGGUCACCAGCACCUCGCGUAGCAACGUAAACUCCGACGAUUCGACCAAUGACCAAGACAGUCGUCACCAGUGGUAUGCCUUAGCUAAGGUGUAG